CUGGCUCCUCUCUGCAUCCUCCCCAACCUGCCAACAACAUGCACCUUGCCAGUGUGGUCAGCUCCUGCUCCCUCCUACUGCUAUUGGGGGCCCUUCCUGGAUGGGCGGCCAAUGAUGACCCCAUUGAGAAGGUCAUUGAAGGAAUCAACCGAGGGCUGACCAAUGCAGAGAGAGAGGUGGGCAAGGCCCUGGAAGGCAUCAAUAAUGGAAUCACUCACGCUGGAAGGGAAGUGGAGAAAGUUUUUAAUGGACUUAGCCACAUGGGGAGCCAGGCCGGCAAGGAACUGGACAAAGGCGUCCAGGGGCUCAACAGCGGCUUGGACAAGGUAGCCCAUGAGAUCAACAGUGGCAUCGGACAAGCAGGAAAGGAAGCUGAGAAGUUUGUCCAUGGGGUCAACAACGCUGCUGGACAGGUUGGGAAGGAGGCAGACAAAGUGAUUCAAGGGGUCCAUCAUGGGGUCAGCCAGGCUGGGAAGGAGGCGGAGAAGUUUGGUCAGGGGGUCCACCAUGGGGUUAACCAGGCUGGGAGCGAGGCAGAGAAGUUUGGCCAUGGGGUCCAUCAUGGGGUCAACCAGGCUGGGAAGGAGGCGGAGAAGUUUGGUCAGGGGGUCCACCAUGGGGUUAACCAGGCUGGGAAGGAGGCAGAGAAGUUUGGUCAGGGGGUCCACCAUGGGGUUAACCAGGCUGGGAAGGAGGCAGAGAAGUUUGGUCAGGGGGUCCACCAUGGGGUUAACCAGGCUGGGAAUGAGGCAGAGAAGUUUGGCCACGGGGUCCAUCAUGGGGUUAACCAGGCUGGAAAGGAGGCAGAGAAGUUUGGCCAGGGGGUCCACCAUGGGGUUAACCAGGCUGGGAGUGAGGCAGAGAAAUUUGGCCAUGGGGUCCAUCAUGGGGUUAACCAGGCUGGGAAGGAGGCAGAGAAGUUUGGUCAGGGGGUCCACCAUGGGGUUAACCAGGCUGGGAAGGAGGCAGAGAAGUUUGGUCAGGGGGUCCACCAUGGGGUUAACCAGGCUGGGAAGGAGGCAGAGAAGUUUGGUCAGGGGGUCCACUAUGCUGCUGGGCAGGCUGGGAAAGAGGGAGACAAGAUAAUCCAAGGAGUCCACCAUGGGGUUGACCAGGCUGGGAAAGAGGCAGAGAAGUUUGGCCAGGGGGUCCAUCAUGGAGUUAACCAGGCUGGAAAGGAGGUGGAGAAGUUUGGUCAGGGACUCCACCAUGGGGUUGACCAGGCUGGGAAGGAGGCAGAGAAGUUUGGCCAGGGGGUCCAUCAUGGAGUUAACCAGGCUGGGAAGGAGGUGGAGAAGUUUGGUCAGGGGGUCCACCAUGCUGCUGGGCAGGCUGGGAAAGAGGGAGACAAAAUAGUCCAAGGGAUCUAUCCUGGGGUCAACCAGGCUGGGCAGGAGGUGGAGCACUUUGGCCAGGGAGUUCACCAUGCCGUUGAACAGGCUGGAAAGGAGGCAGACAAAGUGGUCCAAGGGGUCCACGAUGGGGUCAACCAGGCCGGGAAGGAGGCAGAGAAAUUUGGCCAAGGGGUCCACCACGCUGCUGGCCAGGCUGGAAAGGAGGCGGAGAAACUUGGCCAAGGUGUUCACCAUGCUGCUGGCCAGGCCGGGAAGGAGGUGGACAGGUUGCCGCAGAAUGUUCAUAAUGGGGUCAACCAAGCCGGCAAGGAGGCCAACCAGCUGCUGAAUGGCACUCAUCCAGGAGUUUCCACCGGCCAGCACCAGCACGGAGGGGGCGCAACCACCACGUUAACAUCUGGAGCUUCGGUCAACAGGCCUUUCAUCAGCUUCCCAACUCUGUGGCAGAGCAUCGCCAACAUCAUUCUCUAAACUGAUGCACUGGCCUCACUCAGCAGACUGACAUUCCUGUUGUCAUACUGGCUGAAAUGACCUGGGGGACCUGGGGGUGGGGGGACAGACUUCCUGAGUCCGUAAGGGGGCUGUACUGGGAUUUGUGAAUAAAUACGCCGCCUUAUAUACUCUCA